UUCUAAACACAAUAAAAAAUGAAAAUCCCAACUCCACUUGUUCUCAUCCUUCUCUUCUGUCUCCAAUCUGCUCCGGCAAUCUCCGGCGCCGCCGUUCGCUGCAACCCACAGGACAAGAAAGUUCUUCUUCAGAUCAAGAAAGACCUCGGAAAUCCAUACCACUUAUCUUCAUGGAAUACCCAAAUCCAAAAAGAUUGUUGUGACUGGUAUUCUCUAGACUGUGAUCUCAAAACCAACCGUGUAAUCGCCCUCACUAUUUUCCAAAGCAAUCUCUCCGGCCAAAUCCCUCCCUCCGUUGGUGACCUUUCCUACCUCCAGCAAAUCGUCUUCCACAAACUACCAAAUCUCGUCGGUACCAUUCCCCAAACCAUUACCAAACUCACCCACCUUACACGGCUCGACGUCAGCUGGACCAAUAUCUCCGGUCCAAUCCCCGAUUUCAUUAGCCAGCUUAACAAUCUCAAUACCCUCGAUUUAUCUUUUAAUUAUCUAACCGGUAACAUCCCUUCUUCCUUAUCGGAACUGACAAAUCUAAACUAUCUCAACCUCCAUGGUAACAAACUCACAGGCUCCAUCCCUGAUUCCUUUGGGACAUUCAAAGGAAAUCCUGACUUAUAUCUAAUUCUUUCCCACAAUCAACUCACUGGGAAUGUUCCUAAAUCUCUUGCAGACUUGAAAUUAACUAAACUUGAUUUCUCUCGCAACAAUCUCCAAGGUGACAUUUCAUUUUUCUUCGAACCUGACAAGGAGAUUCAGAUUGCUGAUUUUUCUAGGAACAUGUUCCAAUUCGAUCUCACUAAGGUUGUUUUUCCUAAGGCCUUAACUUCGCUAGACAUUAAUCACAACAAUAUCUACGGGAGCCUCCCCCAAGGGCUAACGUUCUUGAACCUUCAAUUUCUAAAUGUAAGCUACAAUCGUCUCUGCGGUCAGAUUCCGGUAGGAGGACAGUUGCAGAGCUUUGAAACGACAGUUUAUUUCCAUAACCGUUGCUUGUGUGGGGCUCCAUUGCCGGCAUGCAAGUAGAUCGAUUGGAUUUGUAUUAAAAAAAGAUGAAGAAAGAUUGAAUCUUGUUGUUGGUCUGUUCAUCUCAUGGGAAACCAUUUUAA